AUGCAGAUCGAAGAUGUGUUUCAGCAAGCAGUGUCCACUGUACAACAACCUAUGAUCGAUGAGGGCUCUACUAAGUCAGAUACAGAUACGCGGGCUUAUGGAUCCAUUGAAAUGGAGGACAAUGUUGAAGAUAUUCUGCAGAAAGCAACAUCUUCUGCACAACCAGAUGUCAUUCUGGAGGAUUCUGCCGUCGAAAACUUGAACAGCAGUCAGAGUCAGUUUGAAAAAUCAACUCCUGCUGCAGUUGGAGACCAUGACAUGAAUGUACCCUCUACGACCUCAGAAGUUGGUCAAGAAGAAUACAUUGAGAAAUGUCCAGGUACAUCAUUAAAUAAGCAAAAUAAAGCAAAAAGACAGCAUGAGCCACGCCAGAAAAAAGCAUUUUCCUGGAGGCAAAGCCUUGCAGAUGCUGGUACAUCAUUAGAAGGUGGGGUAAGACGAAGCAAAAGGAUCAAAAUGAGACCAUUGGCAUAUUGGAAAGGCAAAAGAUUUUUAUAUGGAUGCGUACAUAACAGUGAGUAUUUUCUUGUGUAAAUUACUUUAUUGCACUAGUUUGCCAUAUGUGAUGCUUUUGUUGUUUUCUUCUUAAAGAAGAUUGCACGUGACUUUUAUGAAUUCUACAUAUAACAAACAAAUUAGGGGGGGAGAUGACUUGAGAAGCACACUAUCUCUAUUUUCUAAGUUCUUAAAAUUCAGAUUUUUGUAUUAAUAAACUAAGUGAUGGGGAUUGUGUAGGAAUUGGAUAGAUAUUAUAGAUUAAUUAUGAUAGUUAUUUAGAGACUUUUAAUAUUUAGCUUUUAAGUCAUUU